AUGCCUUUAUGUCUAUCACUUGAUAUUCAUGUUUUUCAAAGUUCAUCCAAAAUGAAAAUACCGAUGUUUGGCGGACUUCACAAAUUCCAUUCGUAUUCCUAUCUGCUUACGCAAUCAUCAUGUUUCUCCCUAAGACUUCCAAAAUAUUCAAGCUUGCAAACUCGUUUGUUACAUUCGGGACACAAAACAGAAUUAUUUGGUGAUAAAAAUGAAUCUUGGGUACCCAUAUAUCGUUUCCGUUCCAUAAUUUUCCUCCAGGCGAUCUCACAACUUAAAAUUAUAUUAACUGGCUCAUUAAUUUCUGGCUGUCCAGUAGCUAUAUACAAAUACCUACAUGAUCAAGUUUCUUCCUCAUUAGUUUAUACAUUUCUGGGUUGUGCCGUGUUUUCCCUGUGCAGUCUGAUUAUUUUCAGUUGGCUCAGCAUAAAAAUUGUGGGAGUCCGGUUAAUUGAUAAGGACAACCCAAGAUUCAUCACAUCCAAGUUUAUAGUGGCCGUCAGUCAACAUAUCUAUCUUCAAAUGAGAGGGAUUUACGACGAGUUUCUACACAUACUUUUCGUGUUAUGCGUGAUCAGAAAUCGGUUUUCGGCUGGAGAUUUAAGAUGUUUUGUUUCGUGACGUCAGGUUUUUCAUUAUAGUGAGCAUCUGAUCUUCAUAAAUCACUAUGAGGAAAACUUAAUUUACAAGAAAUAUAUGCGUUACUAGUUCUUUGCAAUAGUUGUCAGUAGGUCCGUAAUUAAAAAUUUGAGUGGUCAAUAUAACUUUUAGAUACCCUGCAAUUGCUUUUUGGCCGUUUGUAUUUCAGGUUAGUAUUCACAGAGAGUCUGGUCUAGUACGCAUCGGACAUUUAACAUUUUGGGGAAAACGUCAAAAUACAAUUUUGAAUUCAGGUCAAAUAGUCCCACCAUCGGAUCUUAACGAAACACCGGGAAAAAAAAGUUAUGUUCGUAUUGGGAUAAUUAAUGCAAAUCCCAAUUCCACAAAACCUUUGGGUAUUGGACGAACCUUUCUUCUAACUAGAGGGAGAUCGGAAAUAUUAGACAGAGAAAAAUUCAAGCAGAUUUUCGGAUUUAUAUGAGUUUUAAGUGUUAUCAUCUUAAUGUAUAACAUAUCCCCACACCACGCUUUACAAAUGGAGCACGAUGAUACACUAUUGUAACUGCGGUCAUCGUAAAAUAAGAAAAUAAACUGAUUUAUAAACAUCUUUUAUACUUUCCACUGCUGAUCCUGG